AUGGUGGGGAUUAUUCAUAGUUGCCUGUUUGAAGACGACCUCUGCAAGCCACUAGAGAUCUGCUUAAAUGAUGGAGUGUUUGGAAGAUGUCAGCGGGUUCCGGUGAUAGACGUAUUCAAAUACGAAGUUUCACCUUCUGUUCUCCAGAGACUUAGGACCAUCUUACAGAAGCUGUCUCAUAGAGGUUUAACAUGGAGGGAUAAUUACACUCAAGACAUCAUUGCUAGUGAACUAUCAAAUAUCCGCAAAAUCUACAACCAACAACCUGAAACAUUUUCCUCUGGUGGCGCUAGUACAGCCAGACUUUUAAACACUAACGCUGAAAAUGUCCGAAAUUAUGAAUUAGAGAAGAACAAGAAUUUUGCCAAAUCGUUCCAUCAAUACCUUCAAUAUCUUGGGAUUCUGCCACGAACAGCAUCUCCAAGUUUCUAUUCGAGAAACAAAGUUGAGAAUCCACCUGUAACGAAUGAGAACAUGAAACCCAAUCAACUCAUCAACCAAGGGUUACAGAAAUCUCAAGAAAAAGCACAAUCUCUUUCACUUACUCCAUUAUCCCAUCAGACUGCUCCUGAGAAUCUCCCAUCAAAGUCUUUGACUCAGCCUUUACCAGAAAAGCUUUCAAAAGAGUCAGAAAUGGAUCCAGACAAAAAAUCACUAGUUUUGGCAUUAAAAGAUUACAUCGCAAAGAAGAAAGGAGAGCACAAUACUGACAAUCCUUUUUCAAACAGAAGGGCUAAAAUUUCUCCAGUAUUUCCAAAUAGGUACAUUAACCCCCAACCAAGUGAACUUGAUGCUGUGCUUCCUGAAGCCGAUGAAGGAGAUAGUUUAAGGAUAAAGACUUUUUAUCAGAGACCAAGACCUGGAGUAGUGUCAAAUCAAGGACCACUGAUAUACAAAUCCAGUUCUCGUCAAAAUAAUCAAAGGGACCCGUUGAGUGCAGUGGAUGAAACGUUUAUCCAGAAUGUUGUGAAGCAGCUGGGCAAGCAUAAGAUGAACAUCGACAAUCUCAGCCCAAAAGAGCUGGACGAGUUGGCUGAUGUAAUUGCUGACACCCUUCAGAUUGUUGAUGGAGAUCCAGUGAGCAGCAGAAAACUGGAAACAGAAAGAGCUGAAGAGCAGAAGAGAAGACCAGAUCCAUAUUCAUCUGAAGAUGGAGAAAAUGAAGAUACAGAAAUUAAUAAUACACUACAAGGUCUUGGAAAAGAUGGAAAAGAAACACAAUUGAGAUCCAAGGUAAAAGGAACCAACACAAAACAAGAUGGUUUCCCUAAUCUAAAUCCUUCUACUGUGAAUCCCCUGUUGCAAGACUUUAUGUCUCAAGAACCUUUUAAUGUGGAACUGAAAAACUAUGGGGAUUUCCAUUAUACUUCUGAUGAAGAUGGAGAAGAUAAGGUUGGAGUAGAAAAUGUUAAGAGUGAGACAUAUACUAGAGAACUGACAGCUCAGAAGAAAGCAACCCAUGACAUAGAUUCCAAAGAAUUAUUGGAGCUUCAACAGUGGACAAAAGAAAGUCUUGCACAGGAUGAAAGAACGUUCCAUGAAGAACCAAAGAAAAUGGUAGUCGAAGAUUUGCAAUUACAAGUAAAGUCUUCCAGCAGUGACAGAUAUGGCUACAUUGUAACACAGAAGAACCCCCUCACUGUGGAGAAAGGCCUGAAAUUAUUAAAUGAAGUAGCCAUGCUUCUCAAGCAGCAACUGAAUGCAUUUAGUGAUGUCAGUGUCCAAGGAUCAGCUGUGAUGUUUCAAGUGCACAGUAAUGUUCCCAAUAUGACUGCAGAGGAUGUUGCAAAUGCGGCAGCUAACAACAAAGAGAAGCUAGAAAAAUCCACUGGCUUGAGAAUCCUGCAGACAGGUGUUGGAGAGAAGAGCAAACUGAAGUUUUUGCCUCAUCAUCUGGAGGAAGAAGACACCACCAAAUUUAUUGUGCUGACUCUGAUCUCCAUUGUUUGUAUAAUCGGGGUCCUUACUGGUUCUGGGGUCAUCUACUGCCUGAGACACAGGUCCCACCACAAGCUAAAGGAGAAGCUCUCAGCUCUGGGACAUGACACCAGCACAGAAGCUACCUCUGCCUAUCAGGAGCUUUGCCGUCAGCGCAUGGCUGUCAAGUCUUCUGAUCGGCCAGAGCCCCUGCACAGUUCGCGCAUCAAUAGCAUCUCUUCACAAUUUAGUGAUGGGCCUAUGCCCAGCCCCACUGCCAGGAGCAGCACAUCAUCAUGGAGCGAAGAGCCAGUACAGUCAAAUAUGGACAUCUCUACCGGCCACAUGAUUUUGUCUUACAUGGAAGAUCACUUGAAGAAUAAGAAUCGAUUGGAGAAAGAGUGGGAAGCACUGUGUGCUUAUCAAGCCGAGCCAAAUGCAACCACCAUUGCACAUAAGGAGGAGAACAUCCCAAAGAAUCGUUCUAUCGAUGUUGUAACAUAUGACCAUAACAGGAUAAUUCUUAAAGCAGAGAAUAGUCAUGACAAUUCAGACUACAUCAAUGCUAGUCCAAUUAUGGAUCAUGACCCCAGGAAUCCUGCAUAUAUUGCAUCUCAAGGGCCCCUUCCUUCUACAGUGGCAGAUUUCUGGCAGAUGGUCUGGGAGAACGGCUGUGUUGUUAUAGUGAUGCUCACAUCCCUUGCAGAAAAUGGAGUCAAGCAAUGUUACCACUACUGGCCAGAUGAGGGGUCCAACCUAUAUCACAUCUAUGAGGUAAACCUGGUCUCGGAACAUAUCUGGUGUGAAGAUUUUCUGGUCAGGAGCUUCUAUCUGAAAAACCUACAGACCAAUGAAACUCGCACGGUCACACAGUUCAAUUUCCUCAACUGGAAUGACCACGGAGUACCAGCCUCAACAAGAUCUCUUCUAGAUUACCGCAGGAAAGUUAACAAGUGCUACAAGGGGCGAUCCUGUCCUGUAAUAGUUCACUGCAGUGAUGGCGCAGGACGAAGCGGAACAUAUAUUCUGAUUGACAUGGUACUCAAUAAGAUGGCAAAAGGUGCUAAAGAGAUUGAUAUUGCUGCAACCCUGGAGCAUUUGAGAGAUCAGAGACCGGGCAUGGUUCAGACAAAGGAGCAGUUUGAGUUUGCCUUGACAACAGUGGCAGAAGAAGUAAACGCAAUACUAAAAGCCCUUCCGCAAUAAGUGUUUCACCUCAAGAAGAAUUCCAAAUGUCUAAUCCCCUUUUCCUAUCAGUCUCUGUAAAUGUUCUUGGAAAUUGUGACCUGCUGUGUAUCAUGUAUUGUAUAGAUACUUGGGCCAAAUAACCCCAUAACUGUGGGUAGAUUUAUCCGCUCGCAGUCAUGAUGUGCAAGCAUAUUGAUGGGGUGUAAAAAUGUAUUCAGCCUUUCUAGACAACCGUUAGUGUUUUAGUUCUUGUUAUUAUCUUAUGCAAAUUAAGCAAAGAAUCAUAAUCAUCUAAUUAUUCUCAGGUUCCUUCGAGAAUGAUAUACUCCUUUCCCCUAAUAUUAAAGAAAGUAUUUGCAUCACUAAUUGUCUGAGAUAAUCACAGUACAUUCUGAAUACUGACUGAGGAGCAAAUGUUGUUUUAGUGGAUGUGAUACUACGUACGAGUAUGAAAUGAAGUAUUUAGAAGAGCUGUGUUGUAGCUACUAAAAUAAUAUGCCGACCAUUUUCAAAUUAGCUAUUUUGAUUUGUAAAUUGGUCCUGUUUUAUGAAACAGUGUUGGAGAAUAUUUAUUUAAUAAAAUAAAAAAUGUAUCUUUCCUUAAAAAUUUCUAAAGAAGUAUUAUCCAUUCUAAAUUACAGCGUUUAUGGCUUAAUUACUUACAUUUAAUGUGAUAUAGCUAUUAUAUUCAUACCACUGGGCUUUUAUAAUUAUAAACAAUUACAGAACUAUUUCCUGUUGAUUAUAUAAAUAAUAGAAAGAUAGAUAUAGGUAAGCAAAGUUUGUCUAUAUCAUGGCUAUAUAUUGUUUAGACUUAUUCAGUCUAACUGCAUACAAAUUGUAUUAAAGGCAAUAUCAAAUGUGUAUUUCAAGCAUUUUUGUUUCCUAAGUUGCGCUUUGACUUUAAUGAAACCUUAUUUCUCCACUAAUAUAACCAAACAAAAAUAUUGAUCUACACAAAUCCCCAUAGAAAAUCAUUAAAUAAGUCAUUUUAAAUGAUAAGAACAUAAUUAGACGUUUGAAACACACAAUUUAAUAUUUAAAAGUAAAAUACAGCAAAUACCGGUAUUUUCCAACAUGUAUCAUUUUACAUUUUAAAAAUAACAGAUUGUAUCCUGGAAAUGCAGAUAAAUCCUUUUUUUUAUAACAAUACAGGAAUAGGGUUUUUUUUCUCUUUGAGCAUAAAAGUUAUUGGGGAGCUUAACUUUUCAGCCUUAAACGUUCCUUUUGUAGAACUAGAACUAUUUUUAUUUUCAUUCUGGUCAUAGUAAUAAUAGCCACACAGCAAUUAAAUUGGCAGCAGCCAGCAGAGGGAAAAUCUACGCAAUGUGUUGGGUACUCUUUGUCUGCCAAGUAGUUAAUGCUGAACACAGAAGCAAAUCUGUGGAGGUUUCUUCGAUCUUACAAUCUGGAUUGAUAGUGUGUCAAAAUAUGCAGAGUUCAAGCUAAAUAUAAUUACCUUGUUUCUGCCAAAAGGCAUGUUGAUUAGCUGGUGAAGACGUCUAAAGUGGUCUCUAACUGAUGAAAUUAAAUGUACACUGGACUUUUAUAAACCUAUAAAACUGUUUUGUGGAUCAUCAAAAAAAGUAAAAUACACCUAAAUUUCACCGUAGUACAUUAAAAUAAACACGUUUUCACAAAUAUAAUAAAGCAUAAAACAAAUGUAAAGAUUAAACAAGUGAAUCAAUAUUUAAAGCUAAAAUAAAGUAAAUAAUUUUGACAUGCACAAAUAUUACAUUAUAAAAUAAAAGAUUUUAUGCUGAUAAUGCAGAUAAAUGCCUGUUAAAUUUUGGUAACUGAUGAGAUACAAAAUUAUCUUUGUUUUCCAAAUGUAGUGACAUCAGACAGGAACAAAUUUGACACAUUAGUACAUGCUUUACCUAAAUUAAAUAAUUGCUGAAAUUUAAAAUACAUAUUUCCGUUUUUUCUAUAUGCAUAAUAAAAUAUUCAAAGGGAUUUAGCAUAAAUAAUUAGAAAAAGCUUAAUUAAGGUGAGGAAUGUUAUAAUGUGAUCAUAAUACAGAUGUUAAAAAAUGUACCCCAAAGUGUUGUGUAGAAAAAUGCUAGUGAUAAGAACCCUAUCUGAACCCAUAUUAUUUGUUUUGCAUUGCAAGUCUCUGGAAAUAAGGAGGUUAAAUAUUUGUGUUAUUCUAAGAGUGUUUCACUGUUCUAUUCAAAGUAGGAGGUUGAAAUUUCAUUAUAAAUAGCAUCAUGAAUUUAUAGAACUUUGUAUUCACUGCUAUUUUGUUGUUUGUACAAUCACUGGAAAUCAGUUGUGGUUAAUUCCUUUGUAUUUUAAUAUGUUUCUAUUUUUUCUGAUUUGCUUUUUAUGUAUUAUUACAGUUUUUUUAUAAUUGAUUAACAGUAGGGGAAAUUCACCUUAUCAAGCUAUUUAACUAGGGAGAACAUCAAUAUUGUUAUUGUGAAUAGGUAACCAGGAUGCACAGUCCAAUAAAUUCCAGGUACUUAUUGUUCCUAGUGGUUUUUAAAAUAAUAUAAUAAUUUACCUAGUGGUACACCAGCAACAAUUAUUUCAAAAUGUAUUUGUGCAUGCUCUUUGUAAUCUGUCAUAUCUCACUUGCUUUAAUAAUGUACCGUUGUGUCUUCUCUACUUUCCUAUACUCUCAAAUAAUUUUAGAAUCUUUCUAUGUAUAUAAUAAAAAAUAUACAAAGUA